AUGUACGCAAACACUAUGCUCACGAAAUGGCUCCAGGACCUCAAGCCCCGGGCUGCUGCCAUGAAGGAUAAACCAGCUUUCUAUCGCAACCUCGAACAAGCCAUGGAUAUCAGCCGCACGGAUCACAACAUCCAGACCGCCAAGCCUCGCUGGGACGACUCCGUUCUAGACUUUACCUCAAGUGACUUCUUGUCCUUUAGCCGCUCUGGCCGCAUCCGCGAAGCUUUCUUGGAGGAGAUAGAUCGCCAUGAGAAUUUCCGCCUUAGCGCCUCAGGCUCUCGCAUUCAGUACGGAAAUUAUGACUAUCUUAUCCAAAUGGAGCAGGAGAUCGCAGAGUUUCACGGAGCGGAAACAGCAUACAUUGCACAUUCGGGCUAUAUGGCCAACGCCGGGACGGUAGCGGCUGUACCUUUGCCUGGUGAUGCGAUUGUAUACGAUGAUGCUGUCCACGCAAGCACUCACGAAGGCAUGAAGCUUUCGCUGGCUUCGCAUCGGUUGGCCUUCCGACACAAUGACCCAGACUCUCUCCACGAGGUUCUAAGCUCACUCAAGGACUCACAUCCGGCCUUUGGAGCAGGGAAAUGCUCAAUUUUGAUCGCGGUGGAGUCUGUCUACAGCAUGGAUGGAGACAUCGCACCGCUCGAAGAGUUGGUGCAGGUGGCCAAAGAGCUAUUUCCCCUUGGCAACGCUCAAUUCAUCAUUGAUGAAGCUCAUAGCAACGGCGUUAUUGGACCAAAGGGCAGAGGGCUCGUAAACAUGCUGGGACUAGAAAAAGAAAUGGCUAUUCGCAUUCACAUGUGCAGCAAAGCCUUGGGAUCGACUGGAGCGAAACAAGGCAUCAUCUUAUGUAACAAAACUAUUCGUGAUCGAUUGAUCAGCAACGCUCGUUUCGCCGUCUACAGCGGUGCGCCAUCAUUUCCAAUGGUGGCAUGUAUGCGCGCUGGAUACCGGUUAUUGGAGAACGGUGAAGCCGAAAAGGGAAUGGAACAGAUUCAAAAAGGUGUCAGGCACUUUCUUCAAACCAUCACCUCACACCCCGUAUGGGAUGAAGCAAUGAGCAAAGGCAUUCUCAACAUACCUAUCGUUGAGGAUGCCGAGGACAUGGAGGUCCUCACUCAUAUCGUGCCAGUAUUGACGCGUACGAAACACGAACUCUUCCUCUUCUUCCAUCUGAUGCUCAACAAUAUCAACGCAUAUUGUAUCUCUUUUCCUAUCGUUCCCAAGGGGCAAAGUCGUGUACGUUUGGUGUUCCAUGCCCACAACGGCCUAGACCAAGUGGAGAAGCUGGCAAAUGUCAUCUGCGAGUGGGCGCAAGAGAUGUUGGACAUUGAAGCUGGCAAGACUGAAAACACUAUUCCAAGCGCAGCGCGUCAGGUUUAUGCCAUGAAGAUUUGA